AUGAUUCGCUGCCUACAGAUCAAUCUUCAACGGAGUUCCAUACCACAGAGCUUGCUUCAACAGACUUCCGCUGCCACAGGCGCUCAAAUCCUCAUAGUAUCUGAACAGAACUGGAACCCGACUCAUGACGACCGAUGGGUAGCCAGCACCGACGGAACUUGUGCAGUUGCUCUCACGGCCACCGCUGACUUUAUACCUGACUCGAACGGGGCGGGUCGCGGCUUCGCCUGGAUUCAGUCACGGGGCAUUAGGAUAUACAGCUGCUACAUCUCCCGGAAGGACACGGAUGCCAACUUCGCGAACUUCUUAGGAGAAGUCGAGCAGUCUGUUCGCUCGGUAGACUUGCACUGCUCGGUUAUCAUCGGAGGCGACUUUAAUGCCUGGUCGCAGGAGUGGGGCUCAGCGCGGAAUGAUGCUAGAGGCGACCAAUUAGCUGACCUAGCUGCUAGUUUGGACCUGCUGGUCGGCAACGUUGGCACCAAGCCUACGUACCGCAGAAUAAACGCUGAGUCGGUGAUCGACGUCACGUUCCACCGCUGCCGACCUUGCCUCGCCCUCACCCAUUGGAGAGUCAUGGAUGAAGUCGAAUCGGCGAGUGACCACAGAUACAUCCAGUUCUGGUUAGAACGGCUUCGACGGACUCCUAAUCAGGACGAUCCCCCGGAACGCCUCAGGGGAUGGGCCUACAGACAGCUCAAUUUAGAUGCACUAACUUCUCACCUGGCAAUAGCACCUCUGCCCGCUACUGAUGAAAACACGCCCACUGAUCAGGUUGCUGACCAGUACAUAUCAUACUUGACAUCUGCUUGCGACGCAUGCAUGCCGCCCAGGGCACCACCGCCUCGCGGCAGAAGGCAAGUCCACUGGUGGAACCAAGAAAUUGCCACGCUACGCGACGAAUACGGUCGACUGCGUAGGAGCUAUCACAGGGCAGCUAGAAGGCGAGAGUCACACGAACAGCUGGAUGUUCACCGAAUCGCAUAUAAGGCCAAGAGGAAGUUAUUACGGCAGGCAAUAAGAUCCUCCCAGGCUAAAUGCUGGUCCGACCUAUGCAGAUCCGUUGACUCCGACCCGUGGGGUCUUCCCUACAAAGUCGUCACCAAACGCACCGGUCGUCGACGUCCAGGAAUCGAAGCCCGCGGCAUGGAGUUGGAGAUCGCCGAUCACCUCUUCCCGAACCCCCCAGCGACGGACUGGGCACUCGAGCCCUACCCACCAGAAACCGCAGGAGACGAAACCGUUGAAGACUUCACCCUGGCCGAACUGGCCCAAGCCUGCAAAAGACUUGUUUUAUUGGAAUAA